AGCCGAGUGACCGACCGAGCGCGUGAUGAAUAUCUUGGGCGCUGGCAUGCAGCUCGACGCUGGCCAGGCGAAGAAGCUUGUCGUGUGCUCUGCAUGUGGCGGCAAGCCAGAGCCUAGCAGCCACAUGUACGUGGCCCUCGAUCUCUGCGCCGUUGAGACGUGCGGUGCGCCCCAAGUCCGCAAUUACUACUGCACGCAGCACAUUCGGUCUCUGGAGCUGCAGCCCCGGAAGCGAUACCCAGUCGACUUCUGUUUUCGCUGCAAGCGGGACGCGCUCAGUGUGCACGCGGAAGGCCAGUCGAUGGUGACGUUUGUCGUCACGGAGCCCGACGCCCUUUUGCACCUUCUUGCAAAGCCACCGCCCUCGACCGAGGUGCGCAUGAAGCGACCGUCCGUGUUUAAAAUGCUGCCGCUCCGAAAGAGCUCGGCCGUAAAGCGGCCGGUCGGUCGACCGCGCGGCCGACCUCGCCAAGUGGCGUCGUUCCACCCGUUCGGCUCGAAUCCUACGCGGUCGGCGGAUGCCUCGGUGCCCAUCGGUGGUGCAGACGAUGACGCGUCCGUCGCUUCGCCAGAUUUCGACGAUGCCUUUGAUGAGCCCGACGCAGUCGAGACCAACGUGGCUGCCGAGAUGAUCGAGGAUGUGGCUGCCGAAAUGACACCGGAAGAGUCCCUCGUACCGACCCAGCAAACGAUGGAGAGCGAGCUUCGCACAAGCGACGUGGUGCGACCUCCGGCGAAGCAAGUCGACGGCGCUCAGGAUAUUUCGCCCAUCACCAAAGUCAUGGCUUCCAAGCGGCUCUGCUCGAUGGCCGAGUGCACUCUCGCCGCCAAGUCGCGGGGUCUCUGCAUGAAACACUAUUAUUACGAAGCCAAGCAUCGCCAGUGCCAGCGGUCUGGCUGCAAGCAUAUCGCAAAGACGGACGGUCUUUGCCGCAGUCACUUUAAUGGGUACAACGUCGACUAAUAUACUAUCGAUGUCGUGC